AUGUACCAGAUAGAAUCUGUUGUAUUUAAAUUUACAAAUGCAGUUUGUGAGUCCCGAAAUAAAUCGUGGAUUAUCGUAAAUAAUUGCCGACUACGUGCAAUUAAUCGCAAUAGAACAGUUCUUAAUAUAAAUAUCACAGCUUUACAUCCAGUUACAAAUAUAUUUGCUGAAUUUCAAGUGUUCAAAAGAGAAAAUGGUUACAAACCGUGGCUAGUGAAGACAUCUUGGGAUCUAUGUCGAUUUCUCAAGAAAGCGUAUAAUCCAUUUGCUAUUCUCUUCUUUCGCAUGUUUAAGGAAUUCACAAAUAUUAAUCAUACGUGUCCCUAUGAGGGCGAUCUGGUAGUUGAAGGGUUUCAUUUAAGACCUGAGCUAUUGGGCGUAGUUUUACCAACUGGAGAUUAUCGAGCUGCAACAACUUGGUUCAUUGAUAACAAAAAACAGUUUAUUGUCAACGGCUAUGCUGCAUUUACAGAAGAUUUAUUUUAA